CACAUGCUUACCUCACAUCGUUCUCCCCGAGGCAACCGGUAGUCCCAAUACCGUGUUCAUCUCUCCUCCUGUCAGUUCAGAGUCCUAAAGAUGUCCGCAGAAGCGCAGAAGGUUGUGGUGAAAGUGGACGUCCACGAUGACAAGGAUAAGAAGAAGGCGAUGAAAGCAGUUUCCAGCCUUCAAGGGAUCGAUUCGAUAUCUAUGGACAUGAAGGACAUGAAGCUCACUGUAAUCGGGAUCGUUGACCCGAUUGCUGUGGUGGGCAAGCUGAGGAAACACUGGUGCGCCGCGAUAGUCUCAGUCGGCCCGGCGAAAGAGCCGGAGAAGAAGAAGGAAGAACCCAAGAAGGAGGAAGAGAAGAAAAAGGAUCCUAAUGAACUGACCGCAGAGCUCAUCAAGGCAUACAAGGCUUACAAUCCUUGUAUGACCACGUACUAUUGUGUACAGAGUGCAGAGGAGAACCCCAAUGCUUGCGUGAUUAUGUGAUGGCAGAAAGAGUUGAGAUGAUCAGAGGAGUUGUCCGGUGAAUGAUUGGGUUGGGUAUAAGAAAAUUGAUGAAGCUAUAGAUAGGGAUUUGGAUGUUUUAAGAUAUCGAAGUAUUUUUAUUGGUCUAUAUUGAGGGUGUUCUUCCUAUGUCGGAAGGUUUUUGAUUGACAUCAAUCUAUUGAGGUCAGUUUCUCUUUUGUAAGUGAUUUGGAGUGCUUUUGCUGCAAUUUAGAUCUUAAUACAUGGAUCGUAAAUUGGUGAGCA